UGCCACUAGUUUCUAAACACUAUGGGGAAGGAUGCCGGUUUAUAGCAUAUUUGUAGCCUCAUUCUUUUCUUAUAGUGUAAUCUAAUUUCAUCCAAACACAUUUCUUAGUUUCUUUUGUUUCUCUGUCAAAUAUAUAAACAGCUUUUCUUUCUCAUUUGCCCUCACAUAGCAUUUCCGCACAACGUGCCAAUUUGCAAAAGUAAAAGAACACACUCUUCGCUGCCAGCACGAGAUUCCGAACCUGCCAGCCAAAUGCCAAAGAACAAGAAGGGGAAUGCGACAAAGGAUGCCGUCAUCGAUGGCUCUGGCUCCAACUCUCAAGCCGUCAAACAGCGCCAACGUCGUCCCCACCAAAACAAUGAUACUUCUUCCAAAUACCUCAACACGUCAAAGGACAAGGGCAACAAUGAGAGUAGCAGCAGUAGCAGCAGCGACGAACAAACAUCUGCCUUCAAGCUUGACAGCGCAGCCAGCACGGCCAACAAACCCCAAAUUCCCGGCAAUGUCAUACGUAACCUUGUGGUGUUCUCACUUUUGCUGUUGAUAGUGCCGAUCCUGGUGUACUUUGCGUCGCUCAGAUACGUGUUUGUGGGCGCCACCGCGGCGUCGGCGAUUGUCGCUGUUGUGGCUGCCAACCUUGUCCUUGGUGUCUUUGUGUAUGUCGCUUGGAACGAAGAAUUGGAUGAUGUGCGUGCGCCUGCGGAUAAGAGAAAAGGCGAAAAGGCAAGAUCUGUUGCAGUGAAGCGCAAGGCAAAGACCAACUAAGGGAUGAAUGGCCAAGUCGGAAUGUGUGCUGGGCCUAAACAUUAAGGUCUUGGUGCUCUGUACUCCUGGCUCACAAUAUGACGUCGCGAAAAAAUGUAUUUAAAAUAUUUUUUAUUGCAAAAACAUUGGA